ACAAGAAGAAGAAGAAGAAUAAGAAGAGAGAGAGAGAGAGAGAGAGAAUGGAAGAGACAAGAUCAAGGUUCAAGAGGAUCGGUGUCUUCUGUGGAAGCAGUUCAGGCAACAAAUCUAGUUAUCAAGAAGCUGCUCUCGAACUCGCCAACACACUCGUGGAGAAAAACAUAGAUUUAGUUUAUGGAGGCGGAAGCGUGGGGCUUAUGGGUCGCGUCUCUCGGGCUGUUCAUGAUGGCGGUCGUCAUGUUCUCGGGGUAAUUCCAAAGUCUCUCACGUCUAGAGAGAUAACGGGCGAACCGGUGGGAGAAGUUCAAACCGUUUCAAACAUGCACGAAAGGAAAGCCGAAAUGGCUCGCCACGCCGAUGCCUUCGUCGCACUUCCUGGUGGGUACGGUACUUUUGAAGAAUUGAUGGAAGUCAUCACUUGGUCUCAGCUAGGGAUCCAUUCCAAACCGGUGGGGCUUUUGAACGUGGAUGGAUUCUACGAUCCGUUGCUAUCACUCAUUGAUAAAGCAGCAGAUGAAGGCUUUGUCUCCUCAAUCUCUCGUCGAAUUAUUGUCUCUGCCCCAACGGCUAAAGAAUUGGUCAAACUUCUUGAGGAAUAUGUUCCGAAGCAUGAUGAGUUUGUGUCCAAAUUGGUGUGGCAUGAUUUGGACAGUUCCCCCGGAUCACAAGACUAGCAGUAUUAUUAGACAAUUUAAUCUAUUUUCCCGUUAUUUUAUUUAUGAUUUUUAUAAUUGGACGUUUUAUAUUUCUUUUAUAUUUUUUUCCCUCAGUUUUUUGUUUGUAUGAGAGAGAGAGAUAAUAAUGAACAAGUUGGAUAGAGUUCUCUCAUAAAUAAGGCUUUGGCU